CUCGCCGUGUUCCUUACUUUGUUCAGCCUCUCUGAAAGCAAACAGAAAGACUUUUAUACUUUUAAACUGGUAAACAGCAGAGGGAAGUUAGUGUCCCUGGAAAAAUACCGAGGUUCGAUGUAAUCUAAUUAACACAAGCCGUACUGCUGUGGAUCAGAUCGCUAUAGCAUUGUCGGGAUGUCCCAUCCGUCUUGUAGCACUGCUGGCCUACGUGGCAGCAGGAGGCCUGCUGAGCUCCCCUUUCAUUCAAACAAGGUGUCACUGGUGGUGAAUGUUGCCAGUGAAUGUGGCUUCACAGAGGAGCACUACAAAGACCUGCAGCAGCUCCAGCGGGACUUGGGGCCAUAUCACUUCAAUGUGCUGGCCUUCCCCUGUAACCAGUUUGGGCAGCAGGAGCCGGGAAGUGAUAAGGAGAUUGACGGCUUCGUGCGCAGAGUCUACAGUGUCUCCUUCCCCCUGUUCAGUAAAAUAGCUGUUGUGGGAACUGGAGCUAACAAUGUGUACAAGUACCUUGUAGAGUCUUCUGGAAAGGAACCUGACUGGAAUUUCUGGAAGUAUCUCAUUGAUGUUAAUGGCAAAGUGGUGGAUGCAUGGGGACCUAAAGUUUCUGUCAAAGAACUUCGACCAAAAAUAGCUGAAAUGGUGCGUCAGAUAAUUUUGAAGAAGAAAGAAGAGCUGUAACCUCUUGUGAAAAUUCUUUCUACUACACAGCCUCCCGUUGUAUGAAUUUUAAAUGUAUUGGUAAGCCAAGAGGAUGAACUGAACACAUUUAUUUCACUUGUGAAAAAUGUUAGUCAUUUAUUUCAAGUCUUUGAGGGAAAGAAUAUUGUACUUUCUAACAGCACUGAAAAGACACCACUAUGUUUCCAAAUGAAAUGUCAAUUGUUAAAUCAGGUUAAUGACAUUAUAAACUGCAGCCUUCAGUUACAGAGCUCCUGUCUCUGUAUGUUUUUAAUGAUGUGGAUUGUGUUUUUUAUUGAUUCUGAUUUGUGAAUAAACAGUUAUUUUGAUAACUGAUA